UUCUGCACUUUUUGCCGCCCGGAGAAUUAAAACAAGUUAAUGCUGGGGAAUUCUUUUGGGUUUUUGAUGACGUCGCAACACACACACACACUCGCACACACACCAACGCAUUCACACACUGUCCGAGUGGCGGUUGUGUGUUGGCUGUUGUGCGAUGAAACUCGUUCAGUGACGGAUCAGCCAUUGGAUUUAAUAGACCUUCGCAGUAGUUCGUUCUUAGCUCUCAGUGCGCGUAGUUGCGUGGAGGAAAUACGUGUCGAAGAAAGAAGGAAAAGUGAGGUUUAAUCAAUUGGAAAAUAGCAGUGAAGCACAGCUGACGGAAUACCAUUGAACCUUUGCCACCGAUUUUACAGGAAGCCACAAUAUGCCUAUUCUGCGGAAGUGCUGCUGCUGCUUCAGCCUCAAGACUGGCGGCGUGAUUCUGGGCUGGAUCGGAGCCGUGUCCUCCUUCCUCGUCCUCGUGAUCACGCUCAUUGCCAUGUGCAAUGUCGACACCAUCGUUAAGGCGCUCGUCGAGCAGACGCAGGAGAAGCAACUCGAUCCCGAGAUGAUCAAGACGUAUGUGCAGAUCUUCCUGGGACUCUACAUUGCCGUGUCGCUGAUUGGACUCAUCUCGGCUUCCCUCCUGAUCGCCGGCGCCGUGCGCAGGAAUCGCUAUCUGAUCCUGCCGUGGCUCAUCACCACCGGCAUCAAUGUGGUGCUGGGCUGCAUCGUGGCCAUCUGCCAGGUGGUCGGCGCCAUGACGCAUGACAUCGGCGCAGGAUUCGCUGUGCUGCUGCUCAUGGGCGCGAUCAUCGCCUUCGAGAUCUACCUCUGGCUCGCCAUCCUGUCGCUCUUCCAGCACCUGCGCGAGGAAGAGCGCAACAGCGUGAGCCCCGCGGCGCUGAUCUACAAAGCCCCGCCGCCCAAUGAUGGCCUCCCAUCGUACACGGGCUUCGCCUAAGAAGGCUUUUUAAUCGAUCUUUUUUUAACACGUGAAAUACAGCUGUGAAAUUUGUUGUAAUUGAAUGAAUUAUUCUCAUAUAUACAAGAAAAAAGGAAAUGCGAAGCAGAGUUGCUAAAAGAGUUACCAGCAAUUCCUUUAUUAUUUACAAUUAAAUCAAAUAAAAUAUAUCGAAUAUUUUGUGUAAACAGAGAGAAAUAUUAAAUGGAGUUUAAAAUAAUAACGAAUUUAUAUGUUGGGAUAAAAUACAUUUCAAGUACAUCUCGAA